AUGGGCGCUUCUGUAUUUCUCAUCAACGCUAUCCUCAACCUCGUUGUCUUCGUCAUCAUUGCGGUACCUUCGUCAAGCACGCUGCGCCAUGCGCUGGAUCAGGCAACUGCUCUUCCUAGCUUCAUCCUGCUACUCCUCGCUUCUGGUCUUGCUGUGCCUCUUUCGGUCGCUGAGCGCAGAAAGACGCGAGGAGGUUCUAUGCUUUUGCCUCUCUGGCUUCUGGUAUUGCUUCUCUUCAAUGCCUCUCGUAUUCGAACCUUCAACGCAGUACCUGCAGUUCGCAAUUCUCCUGUCUUCCCUAUCUAUCUCGUUUCUUUCGGCUGCUUAGGCGUUCUGCUCACCCUCGAGAAUGCCAGCGGUCUUCCCACUGCCCAGCACAACUCCACUCACGAGUCUCGCGCCGGCUUCUUCUCUCGCCUGCUGUUCGUCUGGGUAUUCCCUCUCCUCUGGUCCGGCUUUCGUUCUCCGCUGCAGCCCGUCAAUCUGCAAGCCCUCAAGCCAGAGUUUUACGGACAAUCUCUUGCCCACGAGUUCAUCGCUACCUGGACAGGUGUUUCCAUUGAGCCGCAACGUCCUUGCUCCAUGUCACAGGAACGCGACUUCGACGGCAUGAAGAACAGAAGUGACACGAGCGCAGAGCACCCCGAAAGCGAAAGAUACCCCCUCGAGAAGCUGCCUUCGUCUUGGCACGAUGACGACGGAAUGACUCCCGCCUAUGGUCACAAGAUCUUCCCUCAGAGAGUUGUACAGCGAAGCUUGCUGAGUGCAACACUUCGUGCCUUUCCCCGAUCUGCACUGGCUCCUAUGCCAUGGAAGUUGUUGCUGACUGCAUGUCAGCUUGCACAGCCCUUCUUGGUCUCGACUACGCUCGCCUUUGUCCAGUCUUACGCAGAUAGCGACGAGGACCAAGCUCACGACACAGCACAACCCGUUGUUUACGGCUGGGGGUUGGUGGGCGCCUACGCCUUUAUCUAUCUCGGCAUGGCCCUUUCAGAGGGUCAAUUUUGGCACACCUCGUCGCAACUCAUGGCCAAAGUGCGUGGUGCCUAUGUGGAAGCCAUCUACCGCAAAAGUCUCGAUCUCCACGCGCGGGUUGCCCAGACCAGUGGCGGUGGCAAAGCCGCCAAUCUGAUGAGCGUAGACACCGAACGCAUCGUUGAUGCUAUUGAUGUCAUUCAUGAAAUCUGGAGCGGAUGCAUUACAAUCGCUGUUGGCAUUUAUCUACUGUACGCUCAGCUCGGUCUCGUCUUUCUGGCUUCCAUCGUGAGUGUCGUAAUCUGCUUCCUCUUGACUCCCUUUACUAGUCGAGGAAUGGGCACAAAGCAAGGCAAAUGGAGUGCAUCCACGGACGAACGAGUCGAUCUCACCACUAGCAUCAUCUCGGACAUUAAAGGGGCCAAGCUUUCGGCCUACGAGGAUGUUCUCCAUGCAAAAGUCUGCAAAGCCCGCGCCAAGGAGCUCUCUGCACGCAGCACGUUGAUGAAGCAGGUCACGGGAGUCAUCACCUUCACCAACUCUGCUGGCGAAAUGAUGGGCUUUUUCACCUUUGUCACUCUCAUCGUCGUCGACAGACUGUCUGGAUCGAACCGAUUCGAUCUGAAUACCGUCUUUACCACCUUGACCAUCUUCCAACUCAUCCGAAGGCCACUGUUUCAGCUCGGACAGCAAUACGCCUCUCUUCUACAGGCGCGGUCCAGCAUGGAACGUAUCCAAACCUUCCUCACCAGCGAGGUAAAACCCGAUGUCCGGUCUGCCAUAGGCGAAGUCAUGAAUGCUGGCUCUGCUGCUCCGACUGGAAGCGAUGGCCAAGAACUUCGUCAUGCCGCCAUUUUCAAAAACGCAAGCUUGGGCUGGGCCGAGGAAACUGUGCUCGCCGACGUCAAUAUCGAAAUCCCUGCUGGCAAGCUGACAAUGGUCUGCGGCCAGCUGGGUCAAGGAAAAUCAACCUUGCUACUAGCCUUGCUCGGGGAAUGCGAUCUGCUAGCGGGGGAACAGCAGCUGCCAUUGUUGGCGACACGUAUUGCCUAUGUCAGCCAAGACAUAUGGCUGCAGGAGAAAUGUUCCAUUCGCGACAAUAUUGUCUUUGCCACUGGCGAUUAUAACGAGGACCUUUACUUGCAAGCACUUCGAGCAUGUGCCCUUACAGAAGACAUCGAAAGACUGCCCGAAGGCGAUGCAACACAUGUUGAUGCGCUGAGCGGCGGGCAGCGUCAAAGAGUUGCCGUAGCUCGUGCUGUGUAUAGCGGUGCCGAAGCAUAUGUCCUCGACGACAUCACUAGCGCUUUGGAUGCCGAGACGGCUGCUCAUAUGUGGCGUGCUCUUAUGGGACCUUCCGGUCUUUUGAAGGGCAAAACAACCGUGAUGGCCACAAAUGCUAUCCAUCUGCUUCAUCAUGCCCAGUUGGUCAUUCGCAUCGAUGCAGGCAAAAUUGCAGAGGCGGGUAGAUAUGAAACGCUCUCGCUGAAAGGCAAAGACUCUAUGUCUCGCCACAGCCUGGAGUCACAACGGGUUCUUGCCCCCGAGGGCGAGAGUGCCUUGCAGCCAGGCUCGAACGAUGAUCACGAAGACAUCCUCACCGGCUCCGUCGGUCUCAAGACGUACGAAACGUGGCUGAAUGCCGCUGGCCGCGGCAAAGUCGUUGUUUUCCUCAUUUUUUGCGUCCUCACGACCGGCACCCUCCUAGGCACACCGUACUACCUACAGGCGUGGGCUCAAGCCCAGCAAGAACAUCGUUUCCGCGACUGGGUUGCUUGGACAGUAGGCUAUCUCCUCCUGCCGCCUGCAGCCGCAGCUUUCCUUGCCACGGGAUUUUGGAUCUUCUGUGUCAACUGUGCCGAAUCGGCAGGGAAUCGUCUCCAUGAUGCCCAACUCAAGGCCGUCUUGUCGGCGCCCAUCUCGUUCUUCACCCAGUGGACCACAGGGCAAGUCAUCAAUCGUUUCUCUCAAGAUCUUUUCCACAUUGACCAGACGUUUGUCUUUGCGAUCAUCAAUACAGUCGGUGUUCUCAUGAUGUUGCUCGGUUCCCUGGUCACAAUGAUCGUCGCGACGCCGUACCUUGCCGUCUUGGUGAUGGUGCUGUUUGUCGCUUCCUGGGCGAUACAACGCCUCUACCUUCCCUCUAGUCGUCAGCUGCGCAGGCUAGAGAUGGCAACCAAAAGCCCGCUGUACUCCGCCUUUGCCGAGACGUCUGUGCCGGCAGGCUUAGCCACGGUGCGCGCACUCCAGCGCGAUAAAGCCUUGUUAGAGCGCAACACGGCAUUGCUCAAUGCCUCUCAGAGGCCCUACUAUCAUCUCUUCACCGUCCGCAGAUGGCUUCAGGUUUGGCUUCUUCUUCUCACCACGAUCACAAACAUCGCCUUGGUUCUACUGGCGGUCGUGUUACGCCAUUCAUCGCACGCAGGAGUGCUCGGUGUUGCACUGGUACAGGCAACCUCAUUGGGCGCUUCGCUGAAUCAAUUCAUCGUCAACCUUACCGAAGUUGAAAUCGCCGGCGUCGCCCUCGAACGUGUCCGCGAAUUCUGCCUUGUCGAGCCUGAAGAACGCUCCGCCGCUGGCGAGAAGCUGCCUAACGCUAAACAGGAGGACGAGUUGACGAUCGAGGGAAAGGUAAGCUUCAACAAAGUCUCGGUCUCCUACGGCGCAAAUCUCAAGCCCGCCCUGCACGAGCUCAGUUUUGAGCUAUCGGCAGGGAAUCGGCUGGGUAUCGUUGGCCGGAGCGGGUCCGGAAAGAGUACUGUGCUUAUGGCACUAUUUAGGAUGAUCUCGAUGCGAGCCGGCACGAUCCUGCUCGAUGGAGUUGACAUUUCGCAGAUACCCAUGAAGAAACUCCGGUCUGCUAUGACUAUCAUCCCGCAGACGCCUCUUCUGCUUGCCGCCAGCAUCCGCGAGAACCUGGAUCCAGACCUAAAGUGCUCGGACGAUGAAAUUUGGUCGGCGCUCCACGCCUGUCACCUGACCGAGUUUGUGAAGAAACAGCCAAAUCAGCUCGAACAGCUCCUGCUGACAGGAGACACAUAUAUCAGUACGGGUCAGAGACAACUCCUGGCGUUGGCACGAGCAUUACUGCGGAAGAGAAAGAUCCUUGUUCUCGACGAAGCCACGAGCGCAAUGGAUGUCGAAACGGAAAAGACGGUGCAAGCUGUGCUGGCAACGAAAUUUGCCAACUGCACUGUGAUUGCGGUCGCUCAUCGAAUCGCCACCGUCAUCGCAUUCGAUCAGAUCAUCUGUAUGGCCAACGGUCAAGUUGUCGAGUCAGGAGCCCCACACGAGCUCCUCCGAGCCCGGGGCGAGUUCUGGGCUCUGGCUGCCGAGCAGAAGUGCGUGUAG